AUGGUUCACAUCACCCCUUUCGCCGUGGAGCAAUGGAUGGACGAAUAUGAAACGACUCCAGGCGUCCUGAAUGUUGCUGAAACGUGUGCCGCCUCUGUGUCCAUCGAUGACUUGGUCGCCAUGUCUAAUGGUCCCGCCAAGAACCCCAUCGACACAAGCACCAAGCUCACAUAUGGUGCCAUCCCAGGAUCCCAGACUCUUCGACAGCGCAUUGCUGCCCACUGCAGCACUGAAGGCUUGCAGCUAGCGGCCGAGGAUACCAUCGUCACUCAAGGCGCUAUAGGCGCCAACUUCCUGGCCCUGUAUACGCUGAUAGGGCCUGGUGACCAUGUCAUCUGUGUUUAUCCGACGUAUCAGCAGCUUUACGACACUCCCCGUAGUCUCGGGGCUGAAGUGACUCUAUGGAAAUUGAAGAAGGAGAAUGGCUUUGUCCCUGAUGUUGAUGAAUUGGCUGGUCUGAUUAAGCCAAACACCAAGAUGAUAAUCAUUAACAAUCCCAACAACCCAACUGGAGCGCCAAUUCCAGACAGCGUUAUCAACCGUAUCUCCAAGGUAGCAGAGGAUAACGGUGUUAUUCUCUUCUCUGAUGAGGUAUACCGACCGCUCUUCCAUGGUGGUGCUUCUGGCGGCAAUGGCACUGAAGUGCCCAAGCCAGUGACGACACUAGGGUACCGCAGAGCCAUUGCAACGGGAUCAAUGUCCAAGGGUUAUGCGCUAGCAGGUAUCCGCAUCGGCUGGAUUGCCAGCCGGGAUCGGUCUAUCAUCUCAGCUAUCAUGCUAGCACGCGACUAUACCACUAUCAGUGUCUCCCAGAUAGACGAUCAGAUUGCUAGAUUCGCCCUCUCGCCUGAAGUCAAGCCUGCAUUGGUACAGCGGAAUAUCACACUCGCCAGGACAAACGCAGCCAUCCUCAAAGAAUUCAUGGACCGCUACAAAUCAGUUUGUUCAUGGGUGGAGCCCAAGGCCGGCACAACAGCCUUCAUCCGCUUCAACGACAAGAAUGGGGAUCCUGUGGAUGAUGUCAAGCUUUGUCUUGAUUUAUUGGACAAGGCUAAGCUCCUUUUUGUUGCAGGGUCUCGCUGCUUUGGAGGUGAUGAAGACUUCAAGGGUUAUGUUCGCAUGGGUUAUGUCUGUGAGACGGAUGUGUUGGUUGCUGGCUUGAAGGAGCUCGGGGCUUACAUUGAUAGAGUCUUGGUGUAG